GGGCGGCGCGGCCGGGGCGGCGGAGCGAGCGCCGGCGGCGCGGCCGAGGGGAGAGCAGGUCCAUGGAGCACAACCACCUCCACCUCCACAACGGCUCCCUGGUGCCGCACCAUCGCUAUGGCUGUGGCUUGGGAUACGCGCCCGUCGUCUACUACAGCCUGCUGCUCUGCCUCGGGCUGCCAGCAAACAUCCUGACAGUCAUCAUCCUCUCCCAGCUCGUGGCUCGCAGGCAGAAGUCCUCCUACAAUUAUCUUCUAGCUCUAGCUGCUGCUGACAUCCUCGUUCUCUUCUUCAUUGUCUUCGUUGACUUUCUCAUGGAAGAUUUCAUCUUAAAUAAACAGAUGCCUCAGGUACUGGACAAAAUAAUUGAGGUCUUGGAAUUUUCUUCCAUCCACACAUCCAUCUGGAUUACGGUUCCACUAACAAUCGAUAGGUACAUAGCUGUGUGCCAUCCACUCAAGUAUCAUACAGUCUCCUACCCUGCUCGUACUCGAAAAGUCAUUGUAAGUGUUUACAUCACCUGCUUUUUGACCAGCAUUCCCUACUACUGGUGGCCCAAUAUCUGGAUUGAAGACUACAUAAGCACGUCAAUGCAUCACGUCCUCAUCUGGAUCCACUGCUUUACUGUUUACUUAGUGCCCUGCUCCAUCUUCUUCAUCCUUAAUUCGAUCAUUGUGUACAAGCUGCGGCGAAAGAGCAAUUUCCGACUGCGAGGGUACUCCACAGGGAAAACAACAGCCAUUUUGUUUACUAUAACUUCUAUUUUUGCCAUUCUCUGGGCACCAAGAAUAAUCAUGAUACUGUAUCACCUCUACGUAUCGCCUAUAAACAACAGCUGGGUGGUACAUAUUGUGUCGGACAUUGCCAAUAUGCUAGCAUUGCUGAACACUGCAAUUAAUUUCUUCCUCUACUGUUUUAUUAGCAAAAGAUUUCGCACAAUGGCAGCUGCCACACUGAAAGCCUUCUUUAAGUGUCAGAAGCAACCUGUGCAAUUCUAUACAAACCAUAACUUUUCAAUAACAAGCAGUCCUUGGAUUUCCCCAGCCAACUCUCAUUGCAUCAAAAUGCUUGUUUACCAGUAUGAUAAGAAUGGAAAACCUAUAAAAAUAUCACCAUGAAGAGGGCAAUAAUUGGAGUUGGUGGGUGAAAGUUCUUUACGAGUGGUUACAUCUUCAGGAUGUAAUCUGCUGAAGUGGCUGUUUUAAAGAGUGGUCAUCUGAUUUCAUUUCCCUGGGAGGCUGAGGGCAGAUGGGACUGUUAGGAGGGAACAGGAGCACUUGACUUUAGGAGCAGAAAUGUGAAGGCAAAUGCCUCCAUCUCCUACACAGCAUUUUGAAUAUGCUUCAGAGUUCAAGUCUUAGCAUUCAGUUGCACUCAAACAUUUUGCAUCCAAACACCAGUGUAGUCCAAAGUCUUUGGAGGGGGGAAGCCGCAAUAGUUAAUUACUUUUCAGAAACAAUGAAGUCUUAUUUGACCGUGUAGUUCACCAUCAAAAGAGCAAAUUGAUGCUUUUACGUGCUGUGGAAGGUGGCAUUUCUGUUAGGUGCCCUUACCAAAACACAUGUGUUCUCUCUGACGUGAAAUACCACCACACAGAUUUGCUGUCGAUACCUUUCGGCAGAAGGCAGUCCGAGAGGUACAAACUAUGACAAGCCCCUUUUGGCUCAUCUGAGCAGGGCUCGAGGACCGAUAUUUGACCUGUUACAGCCUUGGCGUGGAAAGCAGUCCUGCGAGCUGCCAACGUUCAUGUGUUUUAAGUUAUUUAAGAUGUGACCAAGACAGGGGAGCUUGAUGGAGGGAGGUUUCUAGAGCCAAGAACAAAGGCAGAGUAUUUUCCCCGCUAUCUCAGUUACGGUAUUUGAAGACUCCCAAGCGUGAGGCCAAAUCCUGCCUGAUGCAGAGCUCCCACUGAAGCUGGUCCUGCAUGGUUUGAAGUGAUUACAGCCCUCAGUUUCCUCGUUAACCAGCGAAGAUUCUCAGUUAUUCCCCAUGUUCAGGCCUUGAGGGAUUAUAUACAUAAAAUCUUAACCUGAGAUUUUCUCCUGACAGAUUAUGCUAUUCCUAUUGCAGAUUUGCCAUUCAAUUGUUAAAAGACUAUUUGUGAAAGAAAUCCAAUAAAUCCAUUAAAUACCCUACAGCAGUGAAAACAUAGAUUAGUUUCAAAUAUUUACCUUAUUUAAAGUAGCUUAACUUCUCUUUCUUUACACUCAGAAAAAGCUUCACAGAAAUGCUGAGUGUAGAAAAUGGGAAGAGAUUUAUGGAUAGACUUAAAGUGCAUUUCUUUUACUUUGUCUCAUUUUCAGAUCUUGGCAUAUGGUCUCUCAUAAUCUUUUACCCCAGCAUUUUUACUUAGAUAUUGGGUGUUUAAUACAGCCUUACUAGAUGUGUGAGCAGACUUUCUUGCAUGGUGAACACAAGCACAAUUUGGUCAGCGAACACAGCAGCCUCUCAGUAACUGCAAACAAAACACAGCCCGGUGCUAGCAGUGUGUUUGUGUCUGUGCCCAUCUCCAUUACCAGUGAGGAGCUCAUGGUGCAUCUGGGACUACUACAGUGAGGUUCCCGAAAAAGGAUCCAGUCUGUUCUGCUUCAGUGGGAUCUGAGGGUUGAAAGCAUCCCUCUAAAACCUGUGGAUGGCUCAGCUUUGGUGCACGAACACAUCCUAAAAAAUACCAAGUCUGCAGAAGUCCUGCUGAGGACAACAGCCUGGUUUCCUUCUGCCAUGCAAUUACAUACCUACUCCUGCUGGCAUCCUGCAAGACCAAAACCUAUCCCAAACCCGAGCACACCUUGGGAGGAAAUGGCAGCAGAAGGCACAAACCAUGAAGAGUGGGGCCGCAUGCAAUGGCUGGCUGAGGUGCAGAAGGGCUUUCUCAGGAAAGGUCGGGACUACUCAGGUGGGAUGGGCCCAGCACCUUGGUGAGCAGGUGCUGCCCGCUCCUCCCCAUCAGCAGAGCCAUCAGGCUGGGUGAGAUGCUCAGCGCUGCUCUGCCAGGUGCUGCGGCACCCCAAGGACCAUGAUGGUAUGGCAAGGAAUGGGGCACGGCUGGCAGAGCGAAAGCUGUCCCUUGCCAAAGGAAUGCUGCAAGCUCAAUCUCCGCAGAUUCAAAGGGAAAUGAAGAGCCCCCUCAUCCUCCGGCCUGUUUGUCCCUGUAAUCUCAACAAAAUAUCACACUUACUUGCAAUAAUAAAGCAUAAAAGGGAUGCUCAGCCUUGCUGUAUUUAUCACAGCAAGGUUAAAAUUACUCCUCCCUUUACUAGUGUUUUACAUAAAUAGUCUUGUGGUCAUGCCUUCUACCUUACUCAGAAAUCUCUCUCUGUUCUUUAUGUGUCUGUUGAUAGUAACCAAAGUUACCUAUGAAAAAGGUACUGUAUGUCUCAUUUUGGAGAAAACACUGUAUUUAUAACUUAUUUUUAUGCUAAAUUUGUUAUGAGGAAUGCUAGUCUGAGUUACAUGUGAACGAAGUGCAAUAUCUAUAUAGAUAAGUAAUUCAUUUUUGAGAAUGUAUCUAUUGAAAAAAUAUUUAUACGAGAUAUUCACUAUUCUGCUUAGUAUAACAGUAACCUUACAGAAAACAGUGAAUGUUUAGGGCUUUUAUUUAUUAAAAAAACUCAAUUAGGUGCAUGGCAUAUGCUGCCAUACACAUGGUGUCAUUUACCAGUUUUUGUAACAUAAUGGUUUUCCUGCAAACUGGCAAUGUCAUUGACAGGGACUUUUUCCUGUCCUAAUGAAGUAUUUUUGUAAGUUGCCAUAUUUAAAAAUAAUUUUUUUUAUUUUUAUUUUUUGCAUUGAUAUUUAUUUCCAACUAAAAACAACUCAUUAAAUGGUUGUAAGUUCAUUUCAAAAACAACUCCUAACCUGUUCCCGUAUUCCCUGUUCACUUUAGAAAUGACAUGGUGCAAUUUUCACGUACAGUGGUCGUUUCAUUUCUGAUAAUUUAGGGCUCUAAGAGCUUACUUCCAAAGCCCCUUGAAGUCAAAGCGAAGAUUGUAUGUGGCUUUUGUGGUUGGUUUCUCCAAUCCCCAUCAAUUUAGGAGGGCUUUGGAUCAAGCUGUAUGUUGUUAACAGAUGUCUGAAGCCUUGUUAGAGUCCGGUUUGGAUAAUAAAGCCUUGACUUUUUUUGGUCUGCAUAUGAGAGCUGCUAAUAAUGUUGAUAAUACUUGCCUUAUUUUUUGGUUUUGUGGAGCAUCUUGCAAUGACUGUUGCUAACUAGCCAAUGUCUUGCUGUGUUAUUCAUACCUCUUAAUUUCACAAUAAUUAAAAACUUAACUGAGCACAUAAAGUUUCAUUAUUUAGGGAAAAAGCAUCCUGGAGACAAAAUCAUCUUUGUUCUGGAGGUGGUCCUUUGUACUCAGUUUAUAUUUCAAGUAUCAACAUCUAUAAAAAAUAAACUGUGAAUGGACAGUUUUACAAUUACAUGUAGGUAUAUUUCCUUCAAGACCACAGCUAGGAACAAAAUACUUUUUAGAUGAGUUACUGAUAUAUAAAAUUAUGAGACUUAUCACCUAUUUAAAUUGUGAAUAUUGAUAUUUUCAUAAGUAGACAUAUUGUGUUUGAUGGGCUUGUUUGUAUUAUAAUAAAUUAUGAGAUGGUGCAUAACUUC